GCUUAAGGAGGGAGAGAUCAUAGACUUGACCAGAAAGACGGGAGACAAGGUGAAGAAGGGAAUAGAAAGUCUGCACGAACGGGUGCACGGAGUCAAUAAUAAGAUAGAAAGAGUGGAGAAUGCACUAUUGGUAAUGCAGGCGCAAGUUUCCCGCCCCGCCCUCCCGCCUCAAGAGGGUGUAGUCCCGAUAGCAGUAGCCAACCGAGGAUACGGUAGGAAAGAUCCGGCCAAUGAGCAAUGCCGAUAUUGCACGAUGAUCAGUCACUUUGUGCGGACCUGCCGAAGACUCAACCACGAUAUUAUGCGACGGAGAUGCAGCAGGUCCCUUAAAGGCAAAAUUUUCGGACCCCAGAGGGAGCGAAUAAACUGGAAUUCACCAGGGGGGAUGCGGCGUGCGGUCAUCAUCCUGAAUAACUUGGAUGUAGCCGUCGUAGAAGCCGAGCCAGUAGCCGACAUUGUUUGGGAUCAGCCGCGGGGUCGCGGACCACAAGUCAAUUUCAUCCUAGGGAGUAAUGGGCAGGAUAGGGUGAACAUCACCACCCGACGGGCAGGGGCGGAAAAAAGACUUAUCCGAGAUACGGUAAUGGAGGAGGUUGCGAGAACCAGCACAAAUCAAGGUGAGCCCGAGACCGGGGAGCCGGAGAAAGUCUAUGGAAAGUCAAGGGAAGAAGAACCAAUAGACAAAGCCACGGCGGCAAAGAAGAAGUUCAGGUACCAAAUCCCGAUCUUGACCAUGCCAGAAAUCGACGAUACCUUGAGCAAAUUGCUAGGUACCAUGUUGCAAACAAGUCCGAGAUUGCUUAAGGGACUCAGGCAACUGCUAACGCGCAGACGCGUAGAGGUAGAAGAGGCUCUGAAACCACAGGAACAGGAAACAGAGGAGGCAGAGGCACCACAAGGGGUCGCCAACCUCCAGAGGAUCCCGGGAGAUCUGAAAGACGUGGAAAAGGCCUUUGCGGACAUCCGCUUAAGCCUACCUGACCGAGAAGGCGGCGAGGUCAUGAGGGCACCUCCCAGAACGACGCUCAGCUUCCAUGCACUUCCUGUAGGAAAGUUGAAAGUCCAGAUCGGGACCCAUCAUACAGACGCAUUAGUGGACGGAGGUGUAAAAAUUACCCUCAUACGAAGAGACUUCGCAACGAUUACGGGUUGUACGGUAAACAAGGAAGUGACAGGGAGUAUCCGGGGAGCCAGCGGGGAAAUUUCCUUUGCAGGGUAUGUCACGAAAUGCGCAGUUAAGGCAGGAAUCAAGGAGUCGAUCUGGUCAUUUCAGCGGAUGACCGUGAUGGAAGAAAUGGACCAUGACAUAAUCCUCGGGAGACCAUGGUGCGCCAACGUAGAAAUGAUAGGCAUGCACCUGCACGAUGGCACGUACAUGGUAGAUAUAGAGGACCCAUUGACCAGCCGGGGAGAGCUCCUCCGACUCCUUGGGACCGUAGGAGAUCCUCCGAAGGGGAAGUUGGCAACCUGGUCGCCAACGUUCGAGGAUAGUGCGCGGAAAGGAGCAUUUGCCCGGAUGAAAGGGAUGAGGGAAAGAGUGGAAAUCAUGAUUGAGGAGGCCUUUAGCAAAAAGGAACGGAUCAAGAUAGGUCUGCCUCUGAAGAAAAGGAGACAAGAAAACGAGUACAAGCCAGUAGGAAAGAAAGCCAAGCUGGUCUCGAUCCUAGUGGAGACAUCAAAGGAGGAGGCCAUGGAGAAAGAGGAAGAGAUCUUGCGAGUAAUAAGGGAGAGACGAGCGGCGGAAGGGCAUUGGAUACCCGAUGAGGUAGCAGACACCAUGAAAAUAGGGAUAGAUUGGUUCCUAACGGUGGAAGAAACCCAGCUGAUAAGGAAAGCGUGUCAGGAGUUUUACUUAGCAUUUGCGUUCAAUGACCAUCAGAAAGGUCGAUUGGAUGCAAAGCUAAUUUCCCCCGUUAGGAUUCACACAGUGGAACUUAAGUGUUGGAACGACAAAGGGUCUGCCUACGAGUUCGGAAUAGCAGCAGAAGUCACCGAACUGGUCAGAGCCAAGAUAGAUUCGUUCGUGGCCGAACCCACUGCAUCUCCCUAUGCGAAUAAGUGGUUUGUUUUUCGGAAGCCCAACAAGACACUCAGGUGGAUCCAGGAUUCGCAGAUGCUGAAUGCGGUAACAAUCCGGGAUGCGGGAUCGCUUCCACAGACCGAUUUGCCAGCAGAAUCUCACGCUGGCCAGAGCAUUUAUUCCUUGAUAGAUUUAUAUUCGGAAUAUGACCAACUGUCGCUCGAUGCCAGGGAUAGACCAUACACCGCCAUGCACACCCCUGUAGGGCAGCUGCAGAUGCAAGUGACCCCUAUGGGUUUUACAAACGCUGUGGCAGAAACACAGAGGAGAAUGCUUGCGGUAGAUGGGGACAUGUUCCCAGAAAAAUGUGAGCCGUAUAUAGAUGACAAUCCCAUAAAAGGCGCGCAGAACAAAGACGAGACGGAGGUCCAGCCGGGUGUUCGAAAGUUCGUCUGGGAUCACCUACAGGAUAUCAAGGACCUACUCCAGCGGUUCCUGGUAUAUAACAUCACCGCAAGCGGACCAAAGAGCAUCCUGGCGGUCCCAGAAGUGACCAUAUUGGGGUAUAUCGUGGAUGCAAGAGACAACCUCUGUGGUUACAUAGAGGCAGUGGCGCUUAAAAGAAAGAUGGGGAAGGGAGUGGCCGAUUGGGUAGAAGACUUCGACCUAAGGCACCCCUUCAUUCGAAGGUUCAUAGCGGAUAAUGGGACAGAGUUCGUAAACUACGAAGUGUUAAGCAGGCUUAAGACGUUGUGCGCACCUAUCAAGAUCAUUGAGCCAUAUCAUCCUGAGGCCAACGCGCCUGUAGAAAGGGGGCACCGGACCUUGAAAAACACAAUUGCUAAGUUAGCGGCAGAUGACCUCGGAAACUGGCCUCGGAACCUUAAGCAGGCGGUCUUCGCAGAGAACAUGACGCCGAAAAGGACGACGGGAUGCAUUCCGGCAGAACUCUGGUAUGGAAGGGAGAUUGAUUUCCCGAUGGAAGCAUUGGUAUCUACCUGGAACAGGCUAGACAACAAUCCGCACAUGUCUACAGAGGAACUAAUCACCGCGCGAUGCCAACAGGUCCUCAGAAAUGAGGAAGCCUUGGAAGAUGUUGUUAAGCGUGUGAUGGAUAGCCGAAUGAGGGACAAAGCGAGGUGGGACCAGGUCAAGAACAUCCGGAAGGAGCCGCUCCAGGACCAGGAAAAAAAAGAAAACAGCAAGAAAGAUAAAGAUGGAAUUCGGAAACGAGAAUGACAGUAACAUCGUCAACAGGCCCAACAGGGAACGAGGGACGAGAUAGGCUGGGGAACCAAGCACCAGAAAGAGAAAGUUGUAUGUGGGUUUUGACUUCAACUUGGUCGUAGGAAGGGGUGGAAGAAAGCAGGGAACCAGGGGGCCCUCACCCCUUAGGGAAGGGGAAGGGAUAUAUAUUUCCUCUGGAAGCGAGAGCAGUGAAGGGGAGGAUAUGAGCCCACGGAAAAGACAGGAAUCGAGAGAGGAAGAACCCAACGAGGUCAUAGACCUCAGCAGUUAGGAGGAGGCCGAGGAGGUCACGAGGCCGACAAAAGAAGUACGGGCAAGGGAUGGGGAUCCGGAAGACGACAAUGACAAAUGGAUAAGGGAGUUUGGGCCAACCUGUAGCCACUGGUUUGACCAGUGGACUAGUAUCAUGUGGUACGAGUGGGCGAUAAAGGCACAAGAAAGUU